ACCAACAGUCAGACCCCGGAGACUGCCAAGACCAAAUGUUUGGCGUACCGACCUUGACGGCAUACGUAAAGCUGCUCAACUUUUGCUAUGUUGUGUCUACCGCUGCCUCUGUAGAAGAAAAGCAAGGUAAAAGAGAUUACGAAGCUUCUCUACUCGAAAUCUCCGACUCCCAGCCAAAGCGGUUCCACGUUUAUAUCAAUCGUCGUCGCAGAGCUCAACCUGUAAUCUCAGAGGUUAUUGCAGCGGAUGGUCAACGCAUGCUAUCGGACGAGGAGAAAGUGCAAGCCUUGGCAUCACAAUACCGGGGUGUAUAUGCUACCCAGCAGCAAAUAAUAACAUUGGUGUUCCUCCCAUCUCAAAGCCCGGUGAUUUUAACGAACAUUGCGUUUUCGGUAGAAAAUGUUAUCCGUAUUUGA